AUGACCGACAACAAAGGAGAGGCAACAGAGACCGUCGGUGAUCGGCCAAAGUCUCAGAAAACACGUAUUUGCUCUGGCCUUCGGGGGAAUUUGAAGCGAUGGUGGUGGCUUUACACAAUCAGUUUGUCGGUCAUCGUGAUGGUUGUGACUUUGCCAAUCGUUUAUGUUGCCUACCCCAAGAUCGCCCAACGAGACGUGAAUAAGUCCACUCUGAACAUCACUCGCAUGGUCAUUAGUGAUCCUGACCCGACGUCUUUUGUACUCUACCAAUCUCAAACCGUGAAAACGGCCAGUUCCUUCCACCCGUGGAUCUACUCGUUUGAAGCCGCCGUUUCUCUACCUAGAGCCCCCAGGCCGUUUAUCUCCGUUCAUGUUCCAAAGACAAAAUCUGUCAAUGGAGCAGUUAUCGAAAUAUCACAGAGCAUUAUUUUGAGCGACACAAACUCCUUCGCGAACUUUGCAGAGGUGAUCAUGACUCAAGAAGAAAUUCAGAUGGAUAUUCAGGGCAAACCAAAUCUCCAAGAGGGCGGUUUGCCCAAGGUUCCGAUAUCUUACAACAAGACAGUGACAAUGCGAGGUCUCAACAAGCUCAAGGGAUUCAACGUGACAGAGAUUCAACUUCUGCAGAAACUGGACAACGGACGCAAUAUGAAGGGCACCGUCUUCAUACCUAACCCUACCGUCAUGACUAUCACCUUGGGAAACGUAACAUUCGAUCUCUCUGCGCAAGACCAGCCAAUCGGCCAAGUCUACCUCGAUAACCUUGUCCUCAGACCAGGAGGCAACACCGUUCCCAUGACUGCGGCCAUUGACGAGAUCAAAAUUGUGCAUCUUUUCCUCUCCAAGACAAACCCAAUUCGAGAAGGAAUGAUAGCAUUCAAUAUCACGGGUAAUUCGAGCGUCUACAACAAUAAACAGUUGCCUUAUUUUACCGAGGCCCUGAAAGCCAGCAGUUUCACUGCUCAGAUAGAUGUCACGCAGGCGCUCCAGACUCUUGAUAUUCACCUCUGA